GGAAAGGAGUCUUUAACCCAUAAUUUACUCGUCUCCACAGAAGAACAAAAAGAAAAGAACGAGGGAGAAAGGAGGGGGAAGGACAAAAAGAAAAGAGGGAGAAAGGAGGGGGAAGGUAGACGCGUAUCUGCCUCCUCAUGAUCUCUAUUUAAGUAGAUAGACCAGCAAGAUGCGUUGAAAUGAGAGGAGAGAAAUGGCGGCAGAGGGUACAGUGACCUUUCUACUCGACAAGCUUGUUCCCUUACUGAAAUUGGGAUCAAAGCUUUUGAAAGAUGUUCAUAAAGAAGUUGACUACAUCGUGAGCGAAUUGGAGCGCAUCAAGGCCUUCCUCAGGUUUGCAGAUGCAAGGGAGGAGACUGACCCAGAGUUGAAAGUCUGGGUUAAACAAGUGAGAGAAGUUGCUGACGAAAUGGAAGAUGUUGUCGAUGAAUUCAGGCUUUGCCCUCCCCCGCAUCAUGGCCAUGGACUUUUGGGUUCUAUACAGAAGAUUGCUCGCUUCAGCAAGGACUUCAAGGCCCAGAAUCAGCUUGUGUCACGAAUACAAGGCAUAAAAUCCAAAGUGCAAAAUAUAUCUGAAGGGCAUGAGAGAUACCGUGGCAAGUUUGACGGCAUUGAGCAAGGAUUCGGCCAUGGAGCUUCAACAAACACUUGGUAUGAUUCUCGGGGGGAUGCACUCCUCGUAGAGGAAUCUGAACUUGUGGGCAUCGACAAGCCCAAGCAAAAGCUGAUCGGAAUGCUUUUGGACGAUGUAUCCAGAACCAAAGUAGUUUCAGUGGUUGGCAUGGGAGGGUUGGGCAAAACAACCCUGGUGAAAAAGGUGUACGAUGAUGUGAAAGUGGAGAAAUCUUUCCAACACCAUGCUUGGAUCACUGUUUCGAGCUCGAAGAUUGAGGAUCUCCUACGAGACUUGAUUCAGCAACUUUUUGAGGAAGGGGGGAAACCAGUCCCUCAAGGAAUAGGCACCUUGAACGCUGACAGGUUGAAAGCUCUGCUCAAUUAUUUUUUGCGGCAAAAGAAGUAUAUUAUUAUCCUUGACAACGUGUGGAGGAUAUUCAUGUGGGAAUCUGUGAAAUAUGCAUUUCCAAACAGCAGGCGUGGUAGUCGGAUACUAGUCACUACACGCAACUCGGAUAUAGCUGGCGGUUCCUGCGUAGAAUCGGAUGGUGAUGUCUUUCCUUUGAAUCCCUUACCCCCAACAGAGUCUUGGACUCUGUUUUGCCGCAAGGCGUUCCGGAGAAACGCUUGCCCUCCACAUUUGAACAAGCUCUCUCAAGGUAUCUUGAAGAGAUGCGAGGGUCUGUCGCUGGCAAUAGUAGCAAUCGGCGGUGUUCUGGCUACAAAAGACCAGAAUCGCAAUGUCCGGCCGAGUGAGGGAGAGAUACUGGAGGCUACCAACCACUGUUUGAUACUCGGUCGGAUCGGCAAUGUAUUUGCGUUGACUGAGGAAAAGACCAUUGGUGUGGGAGGUAACUUCCACUCCAAGGAAAUAAAGAAUGGUGCCAUGGUUAUUGAAGAUGAACAAGGAGGUAUCGGCAAUGGAAUUGAUGAAGCCAAAUUGGAGAAGAAAUUGGCGCAACUCAUGAUACCAGGCUCUGGUGUAGGUGUGGCACAGGUGGUAUUAUUUUGGCUUGGGUCUUGGGAUUGGCUUGGUGCGGUAGGAGUGAGCAGACUUGAUGGGGGAGCAGAGCCGACAUUCACGGAUGGUGUGGCCACGACUGGUAAAGUGAUAGAGCACCAUUCAGAGAUGGUGGAUGAAGUGGCGCGAGGAAGAGAAAGUAAAGGAAUGAGAGGGAGUGGUAAGAGAGGUGGAACCAGUGUGAGAUAUGGGGAGACCAGAGCCAUCGCCGAUCAUAAUUUCAUCUGUGCCAUCAAAAGGACUGUGGAGAACAAGAUUGUGGAGCUGGUGGUCGAGAUUGUGAUGAAUUGCCGGGACGAGAAGGUGGCUGCACCUGCGGAAACUGUUGUCGGAAAAGAGGACAGCGGGAGACUACAUGACCUUGAGUACUGCACCAUUGGCAGCGACCAAGGAAUGGAAGAGCAGGAGAACGGUUGUCGCGGGGAGCCGAGGAGUGCGAUUGGUGACAGACCAUGGAGUGAAGCGAACAUUGAUGGCAUGAGCAGAUGCCGAGAUGGUGGAAUCACGACCGUUGACAACAUCAAUGAUGGACUGAUAAUUUUCAUCAAGGCCUUCAAGUACUUUUUCAAUCAGAUCUUCUUGGUCAAGAGGCUUACCAAGAGCAGCAAGUUCAUCGGCCCGGGUUUUAAUGGACUGCAUGUAGUCUGUAAUGGACUGAGAACCUUUGGUGAUGUUUUUAAGAUGGUCUUUGAGUUGCUUGAUAUGGCCACGAGAUGGGCGAGCAUAGGUGUUGGCCAAUAUUUGCCAGGCUUCAUAAGAGUAUCAAAUCGGAUGGAUGAAUGGGAUAUUGUUGACCGCAGCCUCAGUUCUGAAUUGGAAAGCAAUGACAAACUUGAGAGAGUGAACAAAAUACUCUCUCUUGGCUACAAUGAUUUACCUUAUUACUUGAAGCAUUGUUUCUUGUAUCUCAGCAUUUUUCCGGAGGAUCAUCUCAUCGAACAUAAGAGAUUGAUCCGGCUGUGGAUUGCAGAAGGAUUUGUGGUACCACAAGAGGGUAAGAUGCCAGAAGAGGUUGCUGAAAGUUACCUCCGUGAUCUGACCAACAGGUGCCUGAUCCAAGUUGCUCAAAGGGACGUCGAUGGCCGCAUCAAAACAUAUCGGAUCCAUGAUCUUAUCCGUCAGAUUAUCAUUUCAAAGUCCAGAGACCAGGAUUUUGUGACAAUAAUUCGUGAAAAUAAUACAGCGACGCCCAACAAAGCUCGACACCUGUCAGCUCGUGGUACCUUGGAGACAUGUACAAGACAAGAGUUUCCCGGGGUACGUUCUCUUCUCAUUUUUGGGGUAGAUUCAGUAUCCAAGUCAUGUAUGUCAGCACUUUUUAGCGGCGACAGAUUUGGUCUACUCAGAGUGUUAGAUCUGAGAGGACUGCCUUUGGAGAAGUUCCCAGAAGGAGUUGUCAACUUAUUCCAUCUGAGGUAUCUAAGCUUGAGGGGAACCAAGGUGGAUAUACUUCCAAGCUCAAUUGGGAAGCUGCCAUACCUAGAGACACUGGAUCUGAAACAAACAAAAGUCUCCAAGCUGCCUGCUGAGAUCCAAAAGCUCCAAAACUUGCGCCAUCUUUUACUGUACCGUUGUGUCAUUGUAUCGUAUGUAACUUUUCACAGUAAAGAAGGGUUUUUGAUGCCAGAGAGGAUAGGAGACUUGCAAUUCUUACAAAAGCUAUGCUUUGUGGAGCCAGAACAAGGCGGACAUACAUUGACCGAGCUGGGGAAGCUGAGUCAACUGAGGAAGUUGGGCAUUAUAAAGUUGAGAAAAGAAGAUGGAAGGAGUUUGUGCUCUUCCAUUGAAAAGAUGAAAAACCUCGGCUCUUUAGAUGUGACUUCACUUAAAGAGGAAGAAAUAAUUGAUCUCAACCAUCUGUCGUCACCCCCAUUGCUCCUUAAAGGCUUAUACUUGAAAGGUCGUUUAGAGGACUUACCAGGUUGGAUACCUACCCUUGACAACCUUAGCAAAAUAAGUUUAAGAUGGAGUAGGUUGAAGAAUAAUCCACUAGAAGCUCUCCAAGCUUUGCCCAAUCUAGUGCAACUUCAACUCCUUCACGCUUACGAAGGAGAAGCAUUGUGUUUCAAGGCUGGGGGAUUCCAAAAGCUCAAGUCCCUCAAGCUUGAUAGGCUGGAGGAACUGAGAAAAGUGAGCGUGGAAUGGGGAGCCUUGACUUGUCUCCAAGAGUUGAGCAUCCUACGCUGUCAAGCAUUGAAGCAACUGCCCUUUGGCAUUCAGUACCUCUCCCAACUCCAGCAGCUUUGUUUCUAUGACAUGCCCGAUGAAUUCGCCAGAACACUCCUGCGAGCGGAACAAGGUUAUGAUUAUUGGAAAAUUAAGCACAUCCCCAAAGUCUUCUUCAUCUACAGCGAGAAUGGUCGUUGGUCAUUUUAUCAUCUUUAGUUGGGCAUUCAUUCUUCCACUGGCGCCAAGCCAUCCUGUUUCUAGCAGUCAUGUUAAGAGUAAUGUAGAUGUACUUGAAAGUUAAUGUAAUGUUUUCAUUGAUUUACCAUAAGAGCUCCAUUUCAUACUAGCCCUC